AAAAAAAUGUCAAUUCUACGUGUUUUGAGUACCGUUCCAUUCAGCAAUCGUCCACCAGUACAAGAUAUAAUAGCUAAUUUACAUUCUUAUUUUACUUUCAAUUUUUUGAUUGGAUUGGCUAUUCUGUUAAGUUAUAAACAAUUUGGAGGUAGACCUAUUGAGUGUAUGACGCCUGCUGGAUUUUCUUCUUCUUGGACUGAUUACACAGAAAAUUAUUGUUAUACGGCCAACACUUAUUUUGUAGCUAUAGAUAAAGCUGAACAAAUAAUAGUGAAUAUAAGUGAUGAGGAAAGAAGAGAAAGAAGAAUUAGUUAUUAUCAAUGGAUUCCCUUCUUUUUAAUUUUUCAAGCGGGGUGUUUUAAAGUGCCCGCUCUAAUUUGGAAGUAUUUUCAUGCGCAAUCAGGAAUGAAAGUAGGCGAAAUUCUUCGAAUAGCAUCCAGUGAAGCUAAUAGUGAUCCAACAAUUAGAGCGGAUAAUAUUAAUUCUCUUUGUAAUCAUUUGCAGAAAGUUUUAAAAUUUCAUAGAAGAUUGGAAAUGGUUUUUUUUGAAUUUAUUUUUAAUUUUAUUUGGGGAUAUUUUUUGGGGUAUACAAAAAUGUAUUUUUCUUUAAAAUGA